AGGAUUUGCAAAUUAUAUAUUACGGGUAAUGAUUUAUGAUCUUCAACUUGUGGACCUCCAACAUUCUCAAUUUUCCAUCAAACACUAUCCAAUUGCCUUAUCUGUUAACUAUUCUGUCUUUUCAUAACCCUUUUCUUCUUCCUAAAAAUCACCCAAAACUCCAUUUUUCCUUCGAUCAAAAUCUCAUUUCCGUUACAUGGCUACUUCUACUCUCUCCCCUGCAACUCCAUCCCAGCUCUGUUCAAGCAAAAAUGGGGUCUUUUCUCCAUCCCAAGCUUUAAUGGCAAUGCCCACAAGGACCAAGUUGAUGACAAAGAAAAAUGGUAUGAAAGUCACUUGCCAAGCCUCAAGCAUUCCGGCUGACCGGGUGCCGGAUAUGGGCAAGAGGAAGCUUAUGAAUUUGCUUCUUUUGGGUGCCCUUGGUCUCCCCACUGCUGGAAUGUUGGUUCCUUAUACCGCUUUCUUUGCCCCACCUGGAUCAGGAGGUUCUGGUGGUGGUACUGUAGCUAAGGAUGCCCUUGGAAAUGAUGUAAUUGCAUCCGAAUGGCUUAAGAUCCAUGGCCCAGGUGACAGGACUCUAACUCAAGGCUUAAAGGGAGACCCUACAUACCUUGUUGUGGAGCAAGAUAAAACUUUAGCCACAUAUGGAAUAAACGCGGUGUGCACACAUCUUGGGUGCGUGGUGCCAUGGAAUGCAGCUGAAAACAAGUUCAUUUGCCCUUGCCAUGGCUCUCAAUAUAACAAUCAAGGCAGGGUUGUAAGAGGACCUGCUCCUUUGUCUUUGGCGCUGGCGCAUGCCGAUAUUGAUGAUGGAAAAGUAGUGUUUGUUCCGUGGGUUGAGACUGAUUUCCGAACUGGUGAUAAUCCAUGGUGGGCUUAGACCAACUUGUCCAUAAACUUACGUUCUCAACUUUAAGUUGGAUUUUCUGUAAACCAAUCGUUUUGGAAGUCGGUAUCCAAAAUUCAAGUUAGAUUCAGAUUUCCUGUUAUUAUUAAGUUCAUUUAUAUAGUUGGUUUGUACCAUUUUGAACAUAUUACCAGCUUCUCCACAUACAAUUUUGUGACAUUCCCCUCUUUCAUAUAAGAAAUUUUCUGGAAGAACAAUAUUUUUACUUUUAUAUAUGUAAUAAAGAACUUGACAUUUGUUUUCUCA